CCUGCAGGUACCCGAAAAGAAAAAAAACUGGAACUAGACUUGCUUUUUAUUUUGUUUUGUUUUCAGCUUUUUGCAACGGUUGAUGUUUCAUUUCAGUCAUAUCCAGUGUGGAUUGAUUUUUCAAUUAGCCUCCUUAUUUCUAAUUGGACAAUUCUAUUUCUUGGAUAGAUUCUAGAUCUACUAAAGUACUAAUGUGGAAAUGUUCAAAGAUGAGGGCUUUUUUCAUUAAAAAAAAGUCUUGUACUUUUUGGCAAAAGACUAUGUUUUAAAGCUUCAGUGUAAAACAAAUUGAAGUAUACACCCUUUAGACAUGGCCACCAAUUUUGUCCACAUUGGUGAUAUUGUAUCACUGUAUGCUGAAGGCAGUGUUUGUGGAUUUUUGUCUACCCUGGGUCUUGUUGAUGAUCGGUCAGUGGUGCAACCUGAUGCAGGUGAUCUCAAUAAUCCACCCAAAAAAUUCAGGGAUUGUCUUUUCAAGAUAUGUCCUAUGAAUCGAUAUUCAGCGCAGAAACAGUUCUGGAAAGCAGCAAAACAAACCUCAUCAAUGCCAGAUUCAGUUUUAUUACAACGCCUUAAGCAUGCAGCUGAGUUAGAAAAAAAACAGAAUGAAUCAGAAAUCAAGAAGCUGAAAGGCACAGAAGUUCAGUAUAGCCAUGUCAUUCAGCUACUACACGUAAAGAGUAAUAAAUUCUUGACUGUCAACAAGAGGUUGCCAGCCCUACUAGAAAAAAAUGCAAUGCGAGUAAUUUUAGAUAGUUCAGGAAAUGAAGGCUCGUGGUUUUACAUACAGCCAUUUUACAAGCAUAGCUCACCUGGAGACAAGGUUGUAGUAGGGGAUAAGGUUGUUCUUAACCCUGUAAAUGCUGGUCAGCCUCUCCAUGCCAGUAACUGUGACCUUGUGGACAACCCUGGGUGUAAGGAGGUCAACUCAGUCAGCAGCAACACAUGCUGGAAGGUCAUGCUGUUCAUGGACUUCAAAGAAAACCAGGAAGAUGUUUUGAAAGGGGGUGAUGUUGUGCGAUUGUUCCAUGCUGAACAAGAGAAGUUUUUGACUGGUGAUGAGUAUAAAAAGCAGCAGUAUGUUUUCCUGCGAACAACUGGCAGAACCUCAGCUACAGCUGCAACUAGCUCUAAGGCAUUAUGGGAGGUGGAGGUAGUUCAACAUGACCCAUGUCGUGGAGGGGCAGGUCACUGGAACAGUUUGUUCAGGUUUAAGCAUCUAGCCACUGGGCAGUACCUGGCUGCUGAGGUGGACACUGACCCUCUGCCAGAUGUAACCAGGAGUAAGUUGAGAGGUCAGCCUAACAUGCCAGUCUACUGUCUUGUCUCUGUCCCACAUGGGCAUGAUAUAGCUUCAAUCUUUGAACUUGAUCCCACAACUAUGAUAAGAACAGACUCGCUUGUUCCAAGACAAACUUAUGUUCGUCUCCACCAUUUGUGUACUGACUCAUGGGUGCACAGUACUUGUAUUCCACUUGAUAAAGAUGAAGAUAAGCCUAUCAUGAACAAGGUUGGUUGUGCAAAAAUUAAAGAAGAUAAAGAAGCUUUUGCCAUUGUACCAGUAUCUGCCCAAGAGGUCAGAGACUUGGACUUUGCUAAUGAUGCUGCCAAAGUAUUGACUGAAAUAGCCAACAAACUGGAAAAAUCAUCCAUCACGCAGAAUCAGAGGAGGUCUGGGUCUGUUAUUCAAUUGAUAACUGAUGUGAUCUACUUUUUGGGACAUCUGGAGCUGUCCAACCAGACAGGCGAUUGUUUAGAUCUUAUUAUAUCCAAACCUGACAGAGAGAGGCAGAAGCUCAUUCGUGAACAGAACAUACUCAAACAGAUCUUUAAAAUUUUGCAAGCUCCAUUUAAUGAUGUUGGAGAUGGUGCUUUGAUGCAGUCUAUGGAAGAACUGGCAGACCAGAGGCAUGCAGCUUUCAGACAUUUGUGUCGCUUGUGCUAUAGGUUGCUGAAAUUAUCAUUUCAAAACUACAGAAAAAACCAGGAAUAUGUUGCAGCCAAACUCCAAUUUAUGCAGCGCCAGAUUGGCUAUGAUGUAUUAGCUGAAGAUACAAUCACAGGUUUAUUACACAACAAUAGAAAACUAUUGGAGAAACACAUCAAAAAACCUGAAAUUGAAAUGUUUGUCUCCUUGGUCAGAAGGAAAAAAGAACCAAGGUUUCUGGAUUACUUAGCUGAUCUUUGCGUGUGCAGUAAAGUUGCCAUCCCUAUCACUCAAGAGCUUAUUUGCAAGACUUUAUUGGCUACAGAAAACCAAGAUAUCCUCAUAGAAACAAGGCUGAUCCGGACACAAAUGGAGUAUGAGAUGCCAGCUGAAGAAGGAACAGUAAUGACGAUGGAUGAAGAUGAUGAAGUGGUCCUGUUUUGGGACCCUACUUAUGAUAAGUCAAGCAACAAAGAUGAAGCCAGUGUCAGACAGGUGUUGGGGUCUAGUGGAGCCGAGUACAGGUGCCAGAAAGGUAUCAGAGAAUUAGCCAUGGGUGCGGCUGACAAUAUCAAGGCAGAUAAAGAAAUCCUCGAUUAUUACAGACAUCAGCUGGACUUGUUCUCACACAUGUGCCUAGACAGGCAGUACCUGGCCAUCAACAAGUUGAGUGAAUCUUUGGAUGUGGAUCUCAUAUUGAAGUGUAUGGCAGAUGAAUCUCUUCCUCCUGAUUUGCGAGCAGCGUUUUGUCGUCUUAUGUUGUCCAUGCAUGUGGACAGAGAUCCCCAAGAGCAAGUAAAACCUGUAAAAUUUGCUCGACUCUGGUCUGAGAUUCCUCAAAAGAUUUCUAUUGAAGAUUAUGAAUCCAACAUAACCAAGGCUCCAGAAAAGGAAGAAGUGAAGAAAAAGUUUGAUCCCACUAUAGCAUUUGUCGAGGAUUACCUUUGUAACAUUGUCACUAAGGCAUGGGCUGAUGGUGAGCAGAACAACCUGACCUACGAGGUGGUGAACCUUGCUAGACAGUUGAUCUACUUUGGCUUCUAUUCAUUUUCUGACCUGCUGCGGCUGACCAAAACACUGCUCAGUAUCCUGGACUGUAUUCCUGAGUCUAUUGCCAGCUCAUCUGCGCUCACAGUCCCUGUCUCUGUUGUGGUAGUUGCUGAAGAUCCAGAUUUGGAUAUCCCAUUAUCUCAACAAGCCACAGAGUUGAAGAACAAGAAAAAGAAAGAGGAAGAAGAAGACACCAAGAUAAUGGACACCAAGUUAAAGAUCAUAGAAAUACUGAAGUUUAUUAUGGACACCAGGCUAGAUUUCAGAAUUACUUCCCUUCUCUCCAUUUUCAAGAAGGAACAUGAUGAAAAUUAUAAUCCACAUGAAAAAACUGGCCUUGACCUUGAUAGCAUAGCUACCCAAGCUGAAGAUGUUUUUGGUGGCAGUGAUGAGCUGGACUUGGAUGGACAAGGUGGGAAGAUGUUCCUGCGUGUUUUGCUCAACAUGGUCAUGCACAACUAUCCAUCCCUUGUCUCUGGUGCUUUACAAUUGCUGUUUCGACAUUUCUCUCAGCGCCAAGAAGUUCUCAAUGCUUUCACACAGGUCCAGCUUUUAGUAACCAACAGUGAUGUUGAGAACUACCGUCAAAUCAAAUCUGACCUUGACAAGUUGCGACUGCUGGUGGAGAAAUCUGAGCUGUGGGUGUACAAAAACAAACAUGGGGAUGAUGCCCCUAAGAAAAAGAAGAAAAAGUCUACCAAUGAUGAGGGGGAAGAGGGCAAAGAAUCUGCAGAGAAAAGUGAGAAGAAAGUUAAAAAGAAGGAUCACUUGGGUCACCCAGAAUCAGAGUCUGCGAUAGAUUUAGAUUUGGGUCCACCUAUCAGCAGUGACUCAAGUGUUAACUACAAGACCAUUAAAGCUAUUCUACAACGGCUGACAAAAUUGUGCAUUGAUGAAACGGAUAAAAACAAGAAGAUUCUGCAGCGACUGACCAAGCUGUGCAUACAAGAAGCCGGAGACAUAAAGAAAUCCAGGAAACAUGAGCAGAGACUCUUGAGGAACAUGAACGCUCACUAUGUCAUACUUGAGCUUCUCAUGAUCACAUACGACAAGGAACUAGACAGCAGAAUGAAUGAAUUGAUGAAACUAGCCCAUGAGUUUCUUCAAGCUUUUUGUCUCAACAAUCAACAAAAUCAAUGUCUGUUGGAGGACAAGCUGGACCUCUUUCUCACUCCGGGGCUCCUGGAAGCAGAAACCAUGAAGGCCAUCUUCCAGGACAAUGCAUCUUUAUGUAAUGAAGUUAGUGACAGAGUCAUUCAACAUUUUGUACACAACAUAGAGACACAUGGGCGGCAUGUUCAGUACUUGAGGUUUUUACAGACUAUCGUCAAAGCUGAGGGGGAGUAUAUCAGGAGAUGUCAGGAUCUGGUCAUGUCAGAGCUGGUGAAUGUGGGGGAAGAUGUUCUGGUGUUCUACAAUGAGCCAUCAAGCUUUGAGCACCUGAUAGAGCUGAUGCAGUCGGAGCGUCACAGGGUGAACGAGCAGAGUGCCCUGAACUACCACAUCAACCUGGUGCAGCUGCUGGCCCUGUGCACAGAGGGCAAGAAUGUUUACACUGAGAUCAAGUGCCACUCCCUGCUCCCUCUGGACGACAUCCUCAAAGUUGUCACACACCCUGACUGCAUACCCGAGGUGAAAACAGCAUACAUUAACUUCUUAAAUCAUUGCUAUGUGGACACAGAAGUUGAAAUGAAAGAAAUAUACACCAGCAAACAUAUGUGGACGUUGUUUGAAAAUUUUCUUUUAGACAUUGCCAUGGUGUGUAAUGCUACCCAUGAUAGAAAACAUGCCAACACUGAACUAGAGCAGUAUGUUACCGUGACUGUCAUGAAUAUCAUUACAACAUUUUUCAGUUCUCCAUUUUCUGAUCAGAGCACCAACAUACAGACAAACCAGCCAGUAUUUGUUCGGCUGCUUCAAGGAGCUUUUAGACUAAUCCGUUGUGAAUGGUUGGAUGGAUCACAAAGGUUCCAUGUGGAAGCUUGCAUCAAGACUCUAUCAGAUACAGCAAAAAGUCGAAGUAUUGCCAUCCCAGUUGACCUGGACAGUCAGGUGAAUGCUUUGUUUGAGAGGUCAAACAUUGUCCAGAAAACUUCCGCCAGGUGGCUAAAUGUGAGACAGAACAGACGAGAAUCUCAGGCACACACUUCACGGGAUUAUAGAAACAUUAUUGAAGGCUUGCAGGAAAUUGUGUCCACCUUAAACAGUCAUCUAAAGCCGCUAGUAUUAGCUGAGAUGUCUGUCCUAGUGGAUGUGUUACACAGGCCUGAACUCCUUUUCCCACCCUCUACUGAGGCCAGAGAAAAAUGUGAAAGUGGUGGAUUUAUUGCCAGGUUAAUACGUCACACAGAAUGUUUGCUGGAAGAGAAGGAAGAAAAACUGUGUAUUAAAGUCCUACAGACACUGAAAGACAUGAUGUCUGCUAAUGAAAGCAGAUCUGAAAAGGUGGAUGUAAAAACUCUGACAAAAAAAGAUUUAGAAGACCACAGGAGGUGUGAGGCUUUACGGCAGAGUUUGUUGAUGCGUUACUAUGACAGAAGUCAACCCCGCAACAGGCGAGAGAGUCAGCCAACUGGACAGAAUUCUGGCCCGGGGUCAACAAUGAUCAGCCAGGCCAAUAACCUAUCAUUGCACCAAGUUCAGUGUUUCUUGGAUGACAAGGGCGCUUCCAAUCUUGUGAUUGAUCUGAUCAUUAAAAACACCAGCAAUAAAGUCUUUUUAGAAACAGUUGAAUUGGGUAUAGCUCUGUUGGAAGGAGGAAACAGCAAGAUUCAGAAAUCCAUCUUCUUCAGACUUACAACAGACAAAGAUGCAGACAUAUUUUUUAAGGUUUUCUUUGAUCGCAUGAGAGAUGCACAGGUAGAGAUCCGCAAUACAGUUACAGUCAACACCUCUGACACAGAACACAGGCCACACAGGGAUGAGGAAAAGAAGAAAAAAGAUUCCAUUACAACAUUAGACAAUUUCCCAAUGCAAUAUCGGAAUAUAGAAGAAGUCCACAGAUCUGAGGCCCCAGUGAAUGAUGAUCUGAGAAAUGAGUUUGAUGAUGUAGCCAGCCAGACCAACAAGGCAUUCAGUCACGUCAGGCAGGUCCACGGGAGGACGGGGGGAGACAACCCACAGGGAGAGCAUGAUGACGGGGAUCAGACUCGUGCCCACUCCCAGCAGUCAGCAGAAGAAAGUGACCGGCCUAAACAUGAAGGAUCAGAUGACAAAAAGAUGUCCCAGCAGAUUGCCAUCAUGAAGCCCAUCCUCAGAUUUCUCCAGCUGCUGUGUGAGAACCAUAAUCGGGACUUGCAGAACUACUUGCGCACCCAGCCCAACUGUAAAAGCCCCCAGAACUUGGUGUGUGAAACUCUCCAGUUCCUGGACUGUAUCUGUGGCAGUACAACUGGUGGGCUUGGUCUCCUGGGCCUGUACAUCAAUGAGCACAAUGUGGACCUCAUCAACCAGGCAUUGACCACUUUAACUGAGUACUGCCAGGGGCCAUGCCAUGAAAAUCAGAAUGCCAUAGCAAUGCAUGAGAGCAAUGGUAUAGACAUAAUUGUAGCCUUGCUUCUGAUAGAAAUUAAGUCCUUAGGCAAGAACAGAAUUGAUCUAGUACUAGAGUUGAAGAAUAAUGCAUCCAAGCUUCUGCUGGCUAUUAUGGAGAGUAGACAUGACAGUGAAAAUGCUGAAAGGAUUUUAAGUAACAUGAGGACAAAACAACUGAUGGACAUUGCGAUACAAGCUUUUCAUUCAGAGGACCCAGGUAAAGAUGAGACAGCUAGAUACGACAUGGAUGACGAGGAUGACAAUGUGGAGGAGAACAACACAUCACCCAAAGCAGUCGGCCACAACAUUUAUAUCUUGGCUCAUCAGCUAUCCCAACACAACAAAGAAUUAUCCGACCUGUUAAGACCUGGAGGCUAUGAUUUGUUUGGUGACCAGGCCUUGGAGUAUUAUCAUAAACACACAGCCCAGAUUGAGAUUGUCCGUCAAGACCGCACCAUGGAGAGGAUUGUCUUUCCUAUACCCGAGAUCUGUGAAUACCUGACCAAGGAAACAAAACUCAAUGUCUUUAAAAGGGCAGAAAGAGAUGAGCAGGGCAGUAAAGUGGCAGAUUUUUUCAGCAGACAUAAUGAGAUGUUUAGCGAGAUGAAGUGGCAGAAAAAGUUACGAAUGCAACCAGUUAUGUUUUGGUUUAGUAGCCAUAUGGGGCUUUGGAACAGCAUUUCUUUCAGCUGUGCUGUCAUCAUCAACUUGCUGGUGGCCAUCUUUUAUCCAUACAACACACUGGAUUUUCAUUCUGUUGGUGUUAGGUUUAAUGGUCUGUUAUGGGGAGCAGUAAUGAUUUGCACAGCUGUUGUUGUUUUCUUCCCCCAUCCAAUGGGGUUUAAAACCCUGCUGGCCUCGAUCAUAUUACGUUUUGUGUGUACAUUUGGGCUGAGGAUAACACUGUUCCUGCUAGGACUAAUCAAUUUACUCAAUAAAUUUGUGUUCAUGGUUAGCCUGCUAGGAAACAGAGGAGUUCUAAUCAAACCAGUGAAUGAAAUUCUCUCAGAUUUUGAAAUGGUCUACCACAUUGGCUAUUUCAUUCUUUGUGCUCUGGGAUUUUUCUUUCAUGAGUUUUUCUUCAGUCUCUUGCUCCUAGAUGUGGUAUACAGAGAGGAAACCUUACUCAAUGUUAUCAAGUCGGUCACAAGAAAUGGACGCUCCAUCCUUUUAACCACAGUCCUGGCUGUCAUCCUGAUUUACCUGUUUUCAAUCAUUGGGUUUAUCUCCUUCCAAGAUGAUUUCCUCAUGGAAGUGGAACCACAAAAUGUGGCUAGGAUUGAACAUAGUGAUCACACCAAUCAUACAGCUGUGAACGCUACCAGUUGUGCUGCUGAUGGCACUAACUGUACUGAAGCAGAAGAGUCCUAUAUUUCACAAAUAUUGCACAGUGCCAAAUGGGACAGCUAUGCUGAAGGAGAGGUAGAAGAAGGUGGAGAAAAAAUGCGAGCCUGCGACUCUUUAAUCAUGUGCAUUAUCACCAGCAUUAAUCAAGGUUUACGUAAUGGUGGAGGCAUAGGGGAUGUUUUAAGAAAACCUGGCAAACAUGAGCCACUGUUCCUAGCUAGAGUGGUCUAUGAUCUGCUCUUUUUCUUCAUUGUCAUUAUUAUUGUGCUCAACUUGAUCUUUGGUGUUAUCAUUGACACAUUUGCCGAUCUCAGGAGUGAAAAACAGACAAAAGAUGAAAUCCUUCGGAAUACAUGUUUCAUAUGUGGUCUGGAUAGAGCAGCUUUUGACAAUCGUUCAGUGACAUUUGAAGACCAUGUCAAACAUGAACACAACAUGUGGCACUACCUGUACUUCAUUGUCCUGGUCAGAGUCAAGGAUCCAACGGAAUUCACUGGUCCAGAGAGUUAUGUCGACGCUAUGAUCAAGGAGCGUAACCUGGAAUGGUUCCCGCGCAUGCGAGCCAUGUCACUGGCAGCUGAGGACAGUGAGGGGGAGCAGAAUGAAAUCAGAAACCUGCAAGCACAGCUAGACUUAACAACAAGACUUGUACAGAAACUUUCUGGACAACUUACUGAGCUCAAAGAACAAAUGACUGAGCAAAGAAAACAAAAACAACGCUUUGGACUCCUUCAGAGUAAUCCUGUUCCAAUGUCUAUACCAACACAGUUUUAACUCAAGUUACAAAUGCUGUGUAAUUGCUGCAAAUUUUUUUACAAAUUUUUAAUUUAUGGAAGUGUUUUAGUCCUUUAAAUAAUCUGUGUUUAUGAGUAAUAUUUUAGUCAGUUUCAUAUUAUAAUUAAAAAGCAUAAUUUCCUGUAUUUAAACCUCACUUUUUACCUGUUUUGUGUUUAAAAAGCUUUUAAUAUUUGUUGUUUAAAAAAUGUUUUAUUUGUAAAGUGAUGAAGCAUUAUAUAUGAUUAGAAUAUUUUAAAAUGCAGCUAGAUUUUUACAAUGUAGCUGAGAUUGUAGUUGGCUUUUCCAGUAAUCAAAACAAGUGUUUCUUUCUUCUUCACCUGCUUUUUCCUAUUUGCCAAAUAGAAACAAAUGUGAUGUGUUCAAAUGGUUUUUAUAUCUAUUUUAAGCACUAUAAUUCAGCGACAUUUUUUUUAAAGCCAUAAAUUGUUUAUUUAUUGAAAUCUUUUUAAGGUUAAAUAUUUGAUUUUUAGUUAAGUAAAAUACAAAGUUAUAUUGCAAAGAGAAGUUUGGGUGUUUUACUAAUAUUCAUAUAUUAAUUUGAAUAGUGUAUUCUAUUAUGAAAGUUUCAAAUACUGAACUAUGUCAUAAAGAAUAAAUAGGCAUGCCUUGUUAAAGAUUUUAUUUUAAAAUUGUUGCUGUAUUUAAGAACAAACAAGUGUUCAGAUUUAUCUUCUCUUUUUUUGGCCUUUGUAUUUACAUUCCAGAUAUUGACUAUGCAAUUGUUGGUGAUACAGUUAACAAAAACUGAUGUGACUAAUAAUUUUGGCUUCUGCUUUCUACUUGAACCCUGGAAGUUUACAGUGUGACCAAUAGUAUAAAAAAAAUAAUUUUUAAACGUCAAUAGUUUCAUAUAAAGUUCUAUGUAAUAAAUAUGGCAAUGUCAUAUAGCAGUUCUACUAAAGAACUUUUAAAUGUUUUUCAGUAAUUUACUAUAGAAUAUCCCCACUACAUAAUGUUUAGCUUCUAAUAUAUUU